GUUAUAACGUCGCUCCACUAAAAGUGGGGAUUCUCAUUCUGAAGUCAUCUACUUACUAAAGCUGAUCGGCGGGUGGAGUAUCUACGAGCUAAACACUACCCAAGUGUCAUAUCACGACAACAUUCGUCGUAGUUGAUUCGCUAUAUUGCCGCGCUGCAAGUAGUGACGAAUUUGUUACUAGAAGGUCUCUUGCGACUGCCCUCAAUCAGAACAAUGUCGUCCGACCGGCCCUUUCCCACCAUUGUGCAUCCUUUCUCUUCAUUUCCUUCACCCACAUCCCACGCUUGCGCCUACGAGGUUGGGUUACCAUCCGCUCAUAAUGCCCUUGUAUUCAUCGGCGGAUUGGGUGACGGGCCGCACACAGUUCCGUACCCACGCGCUAUCGCGAAGGGAUUAGAGCAGCACGCCGACCUGGACUAUUCUGUGUUCGAGUUCAGAAUGACUAGUUCCUUCAACGGGUUUGGGUUCUCGCGACUAGCCAACGACGUGGCCGACAUAUCGGCCUUGGUCAAAUACUUGCGCGGCAUUGGAAAGAAGCGGAUCGUCUUGAUGGGUCAUUCAACAGGUACUCAGGAUUGCAUGGAAUACGCCUCGCCUUCGUAUGCCAAUGCCUCUGUGAACGGAUUCAUCCUCCAGGCACCGGUAUCGGAUCGAGGCGCCAUCAAGAUGAUCUGGACCGAAGAAGAGCUAGAGAAGAGCUUGGAACUCGCAAAGAGCAUGGUGGCGGCCGGGAAGGGCCAUGAGCGGAUGCCCCGGGAGCAGCUUCCGAGCGCGUACUAUGACACUCCAAUGUCGGCGUUUCGCUACUAUGCUUUAUGUGCGGUCGACGGCGAGGACAAUUAUUUUGACCCUGACCUCCCCGACAAUGUAAUCGAGCCCUACUGGAAGCGGUUUGACAAGCCGUUGCUUAUUCUGCAGUCGGGCGAGGAUGAGUACGUGCCUGCUUCGGUGGACAAAGCUGCUCUGGUGCAGCACUGGAAGUCACUUUGCAAACCUGGUAUUGCCAGCGACCUAUCCGGUCCAAUUCCGGGAGCGAACCAUAGAGUCGAAGAGCCAGAGUCGGAAGCAUGGUUAACGGACACAGUGAUUAAGUUCCUGAAGAGCAUCCAAUAAGCAUACCAUUACGGGGAUGCGGCUGUGUGGUGGAUUCGUUCUGUCUGCGUUUCACAGCGAAGGCCUCCAUUUAACGGAACUAUUCAGAAAGCCAAGAAACUGUACGUGACUUAAAAUGCUACCUCAAAUAUCGAGAACGGGAUUGCAACCUGCCACACCCACCGUCAAAUUUCGUCGAUCAGCUUGGGCAGAUGAUGGCCAGCAAGGAAUAUCGCCUCGGACCUUCUGCCUAAUUGUGAUUUCCGUGCCAAACAACGCAUCUUCAUUGUUUUGUGGCGCAAUGAAAGUACCAUUAGGUACUGAUUCUUAAGAUUUGGUCUUGUUUGCUUACGAAGGUCGCCGGAAUUCGAGGUCGCCGAUCAAGAGCCUAUCUCAUUUUCUCGGCGACAAAUUUGGCAUCGCCGACUUUACGAACACCGGCGCCCAUGUCCAUUUAACCAGCUUCAAAUGAUGACUCUUCCU